AUGAAGCCAUCGCACGCCCACUACAUGCGCGGUUGGUUCACCGACCCGGCCAUGUACCCGCUGCUGCUCAUUGUUCCGCUGCCGUUGGCGCUCGGAGCGUACUGCGGCUUUCGAUACUGCGUCAACUGCCCGGAAGUUCGCUGGCGCAAAGAGACGCGCCACGACCCCCUCUUUCGGUCGCACGAGCCGUCGGGGGCGUCGUUCUACGCCCACGCCCACGCCUUGGCGCGGUUGAAGCCCAACGCCAUCACGCGCGUUAAUGAUGCACAUCUGCAGGACAAGGACAAGUAAGUAGAACAUGAAUAUGCAGCCACGAGUAGCAUUAUGCAAGGCGUCGAUCGCGUCGACAAGUGGUCUAGUUGAACUCGCUAAACACAAUAUCGCA